UAUGAUGCAUGGAAGUGAUGGAAGGGAUUUGUUCCUGUGCUGACAGGCUGCGAUGCUAUUUCUGUGAUGGGGUGAAGUGAGCGUGGGUGCGAACAGUGUGUUUCUAUAGUGAAUCAAUUAGAACAGCAGUCAAGCGCAGGAGCUGCCAUGAGCAAAUUCCUUUUGGCAUUUUCUUUCUAUUCCCUUCACCUUAUUUGUCUUGUAAGCCGCACAUCUUUCUAGGAGGCUCACUCUUGGGUGUCAUUGGUGAUCUGCCUGUCCACAAUGUUCCCUGCCGUUCAUUUUCCGUGGGUGGUAUGUCAGUGUUGAUAGAAGAGCCAGAAAGAAGGAUACAAGGAUUGCUUGAAAAGGAUUACUUCGCUCUGGAGUACAGCCAUCCAAGUCUGUAUUCUAUAAUACAGACACAAAGAACUGAGUCGUACAAUGAAGGACGUCGUGUCUAACAACAGCACAACUAGCAUCUCUCAAGCACGAAAUGCGGUAGAGCAACUCAAGAUGGAAGCUUGCAUGGACAGAAUAAAGAUAUCCAAAGCUGCAGCAGAUUUGAUGGCCUAUUGUGAUGCCCAUGUUAGAGAAGAUCCACUUAUACUUCCAGUGCCUGCCUCAGAAAACCCAUUUAGGGAGAAGAAAUUCUUUUGUACUAUUCUUUAAUGUGGUUUUGUGACACACACAUUAAGUAUAAUAUCAGUAAAAUGUGACUUUAAGUUAACCAAUAGAUUACACACAAACACAGUAUUCAACUAAAAAAAUAGCUUAUCAUGUAUUAUAUAACAUACUUUUACUUUUAGUAGUGCCCAUUCAUUGGAGUGGCAGGGAUAAAAGCACUACAGACAGUGUGUGAUGCAGUUACAAUGUUGUAGCACCCUGGUAACAUAAUUGUACUUACAAAUUGGCAUAACUGUAAAUCAGGGAAAAUGUUGAUCAAUUCACAGGACUAUAAAACAAAGCAGGUUUAAGAGCAAUCACAAGUGCAUAUAUAUUCUGUAAAGGCAUACUUAUUGGCUAAUACUGUACCGUAAGAAUGAUUUAUAUAGGCCACUGCCAGUGUUCAGUACAGUGAAAGUGUAAAUAACAAAAUUGAAUAUGCCAUACGCGAUGUAUGCAAAUUGCCAUUCAUGCGCCCCAAAGUUGCACAAUUUUUUCCCUGUGUGUCACUUACCUCAGUCAUAGGUGUGUUGUGUUUUAGUAGCAAUUAAAAUAAGUUAUAUCAUGCAAGACUACCAAGAGAAAUUAUGUGGUAUUCAGCUGCCCCAGUUUUAUUUCCAGUGUGAUAGAGCCCUCCCUGAUGUUUAAACUCCCACCAGUUUUAGUAGUGUAGAGUAAACCUCCGCUCCAAUGUGGGUGGCUUGUGUAGAGCGGACCUUAAGUCUGCAGAUUAGUGUAAAGUAUACUCCUUUAGUAGAACAGAUACUUACUUCGUAUUCUGAUGGCUUCAGUAGAGCAGACUCGCUAGUGUAGAUAAUAUUUGUAAAAUAGACAGCCCUUUUGACUCAGCAUGACCCCGUUAUUUUCAUGUUUGCUAGAAGGAAGCAUUUAUUGUGAGUGAUCAGCUUAAUGGUUCAUCAGUUCCCCUUGCUAGGACAUAAGAUCAUUUUGCUAUUGUUAGCACCGAUCACGGUACAAAAAGUACAGCAAAAUACUGUUGGAAUUUAUUGAACAUUAAAGCUGUCACAUUCGUUUUUCAUGAUUCCACCCCCUCUUCAAAAAAUUUUUUAAACAGAAAUCACUUUGCAGUAUAUAAAGAAAACUUGUGUUUAUACUCUAUUGAUUGAUUUAACAAAUCCUGGUUCGUGUUGGAUAGCACAUAGUUCCAUUAUCAGUGUUGUUACAAUUUGACGUACAGAUGUUACUAGCACUUGAACUUACAUAUACUUUUGCCGUAAAAAGAAUAUGAAAAGGGAAAUUUUGAUUUAAAAAAACAACAACAUAUUAAACCAACACAUGGGUAGCACCAGAGCUUGCUAAAAUAAAAAAAAAUAAAACAAAGUUUGAUGGCUAAACAAAUCGUAGUGGGGCAAAGUUGUAUUUAUAAAAUGCUUUCUUCUUUGUGAAUGUGAAAAACUGUUUUGCUACUUAUUUAUAAAAGCAUAAGGGAAAUUUUUGUAAUAUUUUGUAGCUGUGAUAAAAAAUAAAUUGCAUUGGUGUUAAGGA